UUGUGUCAUUCCCUUUUUCAAAUCGGGAUCGUAAAGGAAUUUGAAUACGCUCAAGAUAAAUUCAGGUCUUCAUCUCGAGGAAAGUACGGUGCGAAGUCCGUUUCUCCGGAGAGGUGGAAGGAAGAGUACAACGCUGCUGGACACCUUAUCCUUCCUGAUAAAUCAUUGUUGGAGGAAUACGUGAAGAGAGUUUUCGAGCGCAGUCCUUACGGUGUGCCGGUGAUCACAGCACCUUCGCGAAGUGUAUCCCGAGUGAGCAGUGUAAGCAGUGGACCGGAACCGAUUACACCAACUGUAAUGCUUGACACCCUAUCAGCCUACAACAAUUUCAACUCAACACCACAAGGAUUUUUGCGGUACGUUGGACAUUUUCCAAGAGUUUGUAAUGAUGGGAAUAAUAAUAUUUAUUAG